AUGAGACAAACGAAACUGCAGCCGCCUUUCCGCCUCAAACAUACGUCGCCUCUCAACCCUAGAGGACGCGUCCAUGCCGACUCAGAUCUCCGUCCCCUCGCAACCGCACCGGACGAUGACUGCAGCUCCUUAAGGGACAGUCCAGCCGCUGCCACCACGCACAUAUUUCCGCACUCGCGAGAUCCAUCUCAGAGCCAAUGGGCUACCCUCCAAUCUCCGGUGUCUCAGUUCGUCAUAGAUCAGCUCCACAACAAGCCGUCUCCCAACUCGGCCUCAGUCGAAACUCCCACCGUCUCCGUUCCAUUGGCGUGA